AACACAACAAGCUUACGUCAAAUGUCAAUCUUGCGAUAUGCGGAUAGUCAACAAAUUAUACAAGUGGGUGUGUAAUUGUUAUUUCUAAUAUUAGAAUAAACUUGCUCGAAGUGAAGUUACGAAACUAGUUAUUAUUUUUCAAAAAUAAAUUCGAAAUUAGAAAAAAAAACUUACAUCUUUUCCUACAAUCGCUGCACACACAGCCAUUUUUACUUUAAGCCUAACACACACACCGAUAUAAAGGUGGGAUCACGUCAAUGAUCCAGGAUUUGUUUUGACAAUGCCUGAACCCAAUGUUAUUUUGCAACAGGAUGAGCAUCGGUCAGGAACAACAGGAUGUAGUGCGUACGUCCGUUUUAUUAAUAAAACCAACAGAGUUAUUGAAAUUGUAUGGAUAAACUACUCGGGACAUUACGUGAGAUACAGGGUGUUACAAAAAAACAAUUUUGUUGAUGUAAAUACUUAUAGUUCUCAUUUGUGGGUGGCGUUCGAUUAUUAUACAAAGGACAGACUUUUAAUUAACAGACAGUUUGUUUUUAACCCGAAAACAAUCAGACAAGUUCUUCUAGAAAAAUACCCGGAUGGGAUUAUACCAGUAGACCACGAGUUUAGAGUACGAGGAUAUAUAACUUCGCCUUUGUAUAGUUUAAGAUAUUGUGCAUUAUUAACUGUUAGGAAUUUGUUAAAGACUCCAGAGGAAGCUGAUACUUUGGAAUUGCCGAAACAGUUGGUGGUUGAUUUGAAAAAGGUUAUUACUUUAAAGAAUAACCUUGUACAUACUCUUGAUUCUCAAAGGAGAUAAAUUGGUGUUCUGUGAGAAUAAUGACUGGCUGUAUUUAAGGUAUAUCUCUAAUUUUAAGUACUUUAAUAUUAAUGUAACUAUAUAUUUAGAGUAAUUUAGCUAUUCCGAAUGUUUAUAAGAUUUGUUAUAUAAAAUGAAUAAAGAUCCUUCAAAUCUAGAAAAA